GGCGAGGAUUCAAGAAGGAUGUUGUUUUUAGCUUCAGCUAUGGAUGAGUAAACACUGUCCUCCUCAUAUUUGGAAGUUUUAAAGGGAUGGGCUGAGAUUGACCUCCAUUCAAAAUGUCAACGAACAGAAAGUGUAUUCUUUGUGAAACCUUCUGCAUUUCCAAGCAGGAGAUGGAGGAGCACUUAAGAAGUAUGCUUCACCACCGUGAGCUGGAGAAGCUGAAAGGCCGGGACUGCGGACACGAGUGCAGAGUGUGYAAGGUGAAGGUUGGAAGUCUGACUGAUUAUGCCAGCCACAUCUCCAGCCCCACGCACAAACGGAAUGUGGAGGCUGCUGACAAGCAACAAGCUGGGAACAACUACGACGAAAACUACUUUGACCAGGCUAUGGUGGACCUGAUAGAAAAGAGAAACGAACAGAAAAGAAAAGAGAAGGAGGCGGCGGCUGCAAAGCUGGCCAAAGAAGCAGAGGAACGAAGGAAGAAAGAAGAAUAUGAGCAAAGACUAAAGGAAGUUAGGGAGCGGAACCUGAAAAAUGGGUUGCAACCACUUAUGCAGGGCUUCAGAGGUUCAAGUCAGCACAGGUUUUGGCACAGGGGCAAUUACUCUAAUGUCAGCACAGACGAGGCAAGACCGUGGCAACAUGACAAACUGGGGAAGAGUGCCACUUGGCAUGCUCAGGAGCCCCCUAACUUACAAAGGUGGGCAUCCAAUGAGUUUAUGGGAGGAAGAAGUAAUAGCCAAGUAGGUAACAACACUUGGGGCUGUGGUUCAUAUUAUGGCAAUCGGCAAAGCCGACAGCCUUGGCUCAGCAGUGAAGGUAGCAGUCAUGGGCUCUAUGGUCAAAACAAUAUUGCCAGCAAUGCCCCAAGAGCUCAUUACAAGAGCUUCCUAGGACCUCCUGUCUUUCAAACACAAUCCAGAUAUUGCGCCCCRGUUUUCAACCGGUUUCAAGAUACAGGGAACAAUAGAGAGAGUCAGCAGGAAGCUGGGCUUCAGACUGAGGUGGCAGAAACAGACCCUAAAGGUAGUAAGAAUUCUAAGACUUUUGGUAGCAAUCCAAAGCUAGACAAAGGCUGUCGCUGGACGCCCUAUUCAGUCACCUCUGGACCACACAGUGAUAUCCAUCCAAACAUAUCAGAGAAGCACCAAACAGCUUCUAARCAGCAAAAGCAUGAUGUCGUUAGCUGUCGCAGGAACUCCCAACCUGAGCAUGAACAGAAACACUUGAUCUCAAGUCGACAAGGUGAGGAAGACACGAUGAAGCAGCAAACAAAGACAAAAUCAGAUCUCAGUCAUAGGAGAGGAAAAGGUUCGGAGACAGGCGGGAGCCGAACACCUGUCUCUUCCAGUCAAAAGGCAAACAAGACAUUGAUUCAUUCUGUUUCUGGUGCAAGAGGUGGAGCUCAGUCCAACAAGGCCUCCAGUGAAGAUCUAYCGCAGUCGAAACCAACUGGAAAGCAAAGUGGGCUCAAAGAACCUGUGAGGUCUCUUCAGUCAAAGCAGGAGAAGCCCCUGCCAGAAUCACUGAACACAGCCAAACAGGUUGUUUCUGAAAAGAGAGGCUCUGUGAGUCAGUCAGUUCACAGCAGGUGGAAGGCGAAGCAUCACGCAGAGGAGCAGCAAAAGGAGCAGGGGCACGAACAAACUGAAGCAAACAGUGAAAAAAGCUGUUGUCUCAGUUCAUUAAAAGCGUCAUCACCUGUUGCUGACAGGCAGGAAAAGCUUGCACCGCCGUCUGCAGAGAGCAGCAAACUUGUCCAAGCGCUGCACGUUAGCACCUCCGAGUCUGCAGAGUCAGUUGGGAAUCCUCAAGAUAAUCAAAACAUCGUGGAGAAACAAUCCUGCUCGGUGGUUCCAGAUGAGGCCAUGCAGGUCGCCGAGGCAGGGCAGAGCUCAGAGAGCCACGCCGCUCAAAGCAGUGACGUGAACACAGCCUCAGGGACGAACGCUUCGGCCUUAUCCAAACUUGACCUUCCCCCUGUCCUAAAGCGUGACCUCACCAAACACAUAAGCUCCAAGAGCAAAGCAGCCAGCCAUGAGCCCAACCUCAACAUCGCCAGACGGGUGCACAAUCUAGGUGAGUUGCGCAGAAGUGACACCGAAAAGGAUUCCGGCCUCAAACCAACAGUCCGGCAGCUCAUUAGCUCAUCUGGGUCGCGCCGCAAUGUGAACUGGGAGCAGGUGUAUCAGGAAGUUAAAAAGAAGCAAGACAAGGGAAAAGGCAUGCCAAGGUUUGGUAUAGAGAUGGUGCCWUGUGAGCAGACGAGCCACAGCCAAGAGGAAGAUGAAAUCCCCCUCCUCGAGGGUUUUCACUGGGAUUCUCUGAUGGACGUCUCAGCGCAGGGCACCUCCCGAAAACGCUCCCUGUCAGAGAGUAGCUUUGCACCGGGCUCGACUCAUUCCCUGUUUGCAUCUUUCGCUUCGGAGGAUUCGGCCCAGAGAGAACCUCUCGGUUCAGAGCAGCUGAGACCCACAGGUUCUCCAAGACCUGUAUCUGCUCCAGAGAAAGCAGACCACCACAGUCAGCCAGAGAGCAAAGUGYCGAUGCAUCCAGACAAACUAACAUCUACAGCUGUGACAGUUCUCCAGCGGUCGGACUCAGCGCUCUGCGACAGCAGCUCAGGAGCGGAGCAGAACGACGGUCAGGGAACAGGAAAGAGGCGAAGGGCAGUCAGGGAUGUCCCCACUGUGGAAACAUCAGGUCUGGAGCACAACAGCAAAAGAAGGAAGCUCAAAUCUAAAAAAGAGCGUUUACAGAUUGACCAGCUGCUCAUAGUGUCCCUGAGGGAGGAGGAGCUGAGCCGGUCGUUGCAGGAUGUUGACACCAGCUUGGUCCAGGCCCGGGCGGUACUGGAGGCCGCCUGCGUGAAGGUGCAGCAACUGAUGGUGCUGAAACAGCAGAUUACUGUGGAGAUGAGCACACUGAGAAACCAACGAAUUGAGUURCUUAAAGGAAUGCAAGGUAUAAGUAAGGAAGCACUUCAGGUCAAGGUGAAAGARGAAAAGAUGGAUUCAUAUGAAGCUGAGGCAUCAGUCAUGCCCUCCUCUGCUUUGAACACUGCUAUUUACAGUCCUAAACAUGCUGCAGAAUGUGCUUCUCCUUCCUCGUCCAGCCUUCCUUUCUCUGUAGUUAUUAAGGAGGAGCCCAAGUCCCCAGUCUACAUCAGCUCAGAGGUGGGCACUGGCCACAGUCUGACCCUCAGCACAGCUCCAGAGCUGCCAGUCGCUCCUGCCACAGCUUCACCAGAUCCUGUCUGUAACCUCCAGCCAUCCCCUGAAAGAAAGCCUUUCCAAACUACCUGUGUUGAACCGGCAGAGCUCGAAGAGCAGCUUCCUGCACCAGGUGAGAYGGAAGAGAAGCCUGCUGAAACACUGAGUAAUUACAGCAGCUCUCUGCCUGACUCCAGAGGCUCCGUAAAACCUCCCGGCAGAAGAGCUCCUGAGGUUGAGAGAGUUGUUGACUGUGCAGACAACCGGUCGGCAUCAUCCCCUACAGUCUGUAACAUGCCCGCCUCGCCAUCGGAUCUGAGGAACGGGAAGCGGGUGAGGAAGCUGAAGAAGAAGAAGGUGCUGAAAAAGGCUCAAGGGGCAGAACAGCCUGAGUGUAGUGACUCUGAGACAGAGGAAGAGCUCGUGAGGCCAAGGUGGCUGCGACAGCGCAGGAGAACCAGCGCAGCCUCUCAGGUCAGUACCUCCAGCCAGCCCACAGACGACAGAGAUGUCAACAUGGAUCCAGAUGGCAACAAGAAGGUUCUCAGUUUAACACUUGAGGAGGAAAAGGAACAAACGUCCACUGGAAAAAUAGCACCUCCUACUGAUCCUAUGGCGGAAACUGAUGUGGAGGAAAGCAUGGAGGUCACUGCAGCCGAUCAGCAGCGUCCAGGGAAUACCCUGCUUCCACCUCGCCCUCCAGACCUGGUCCCAGUCUCCUGUAGACCUGAGACACAGAGCCUGACCUGCAACAAGGUCUCCUCCACCAGUGACAUGGAUCUGUGUAAAUCCUCAGAGAGUGAUUCGCAGUUUGGCACCACAUUGCCCAAGAAUUCAUCAGGUGUAUUUUCAGACCACGAUGGGGAUGAUAUUCUGACUGAAGGGGCAUUUGAAGGCCACCAAGAGGCGGUGAACGCCAUCCAAAUACACGACAGGCUGCUGUACACGUGCUCAGGAGAUCAGACCGUCAAAGUCUUUGACCUGGUGAGUCAUAAAUGUCUGGGUGCGUUUGAGGGCCACAGCUCCAAAGUGACGUGUUUACUGGUGUCAGCAGCUCCAGGCCUGCACCACCGCCUUUACUCUGGUUCCAGUGACCAGACCAUUCGCUGCUACAGUCUCAAGACACAAGAGUUUGAGCAAAACUUCUCUUUGCCCGACCGGGUCUUCUGCCUUCACAGCCGCUGGAAGACUUUAUACGCCGGUCUGGGGAACGGCACGGUUGUGUCGUUUAACCUGAAAACAAACAAACAGAUGGAUGUGUUUGAGUGCCACGGCCCGCGUGGUGUGAGCUGCUUGGCCUCAUCACAGGAGGGAGCCCAGAGGAUCCUGCUGGUGGGCUCGUACGACAACAGCAUCAGCGUGAGGGCAGCCAAGAGCGGACUGCUGCUGCGUACCCUGCAGGGCCACACCAAGAGCGUUCUGUGCAUGACGGUGGUCAACGAUCUUGUGUUCAGUGGAUCCAGUGAUUAUUCCGUCUGUGCUCACAACAUCCACACGGGGGAGCUGGUGCACGUUUAUAAGGGUCACAGCCACGCUGUUACUGUGGUGACCAUCCUGGGGAAAGUGAUGGUGACUGCCUGUCUGGAUAAACUGGUCCGAGUCUACGACCUGCAGUCUCAGAACCAGCUGCAGGUUUACGGUGGACACAAGGACAUGGUGUUGUGUAUGGCCGUCUACAAGAACAUGAUCUACACAGGAUGCUAUGAUGGGAGCGUGCAAGCAGUCAAGCUGAACCUGAUGCAGAACUACCGCUGCUGGUGGCACGGCUGCUCGCUGGUCUUUGGGAUGCUGGAGCACCUGCAGCAGCACCUGGUCGAUCACCACGCCUGUACCAACUUCCAGUCGCUCAAGUGUCGCUGGAAGAACUGCGAAGAGAUUUUCUGCUCGCGCAACAGCUCCAAGCAGGUGAUGAUGCUGCACAUGCAGAAACAUGCCGAGGAGCCGACAGAAGUGGAGCAUUAAGUGGGGGGAACGUAGUUUCACCCYGAGCCCCUCCGCUUUCCUGCAAUCUUAACCCCCGCCCCCCAGGUUAACCUCCCAUAUUGGGGGGGCAUUUUCUCGGGACCCUCUUAGCUCAGCAGUGCUCCCCAGGAGCCUGAUGAGUGAUGUUUGAUGACGUCAUCUUUUAUAUUCGGUGUUGGAAUCCAACCUUAAUACGGUGACGAAAGGAGGGAUGUUUUAUUGUUUGUUUUUUUUUAAACACACUAAAAAAAACACUUCCUGUCUUUUUGUCUGACCAGUGACCACUGACUUUUUCCUCUUCCACCGACCAAAGUGAGACAAAGAAACACGACUUGUUGAUUGAAGAAACCUCAGUGUUGCCAGUAUCUGAGGGAUUUGUUGCUCUGUUCUGUUACAGCACWGUAUGGUAUGGUUGAGAUGUAUUUGUAGUUGUGCAUUUGUGAUGUUGAGCAACCUGUAGUUGUUUUUUUUUUCUUCUAGAAGUGAUUUUGUUUUCAUGGCCAGAACGAGUUAUUGUUUGUGGAAAGGCCAAGAUUUGAAGAUCUGAUAUUUGUUUAGUUUUUAUUUUGAAAAACAAAUUCUGAAGAUCCUUUUUUUUUGGUUUCGUUAGCUACGUUUCCAUGUUUUAUUUUUUCUGCUCACUCAGGUGUGUGAGGAGACUUUCACUACAUUUGAGGUUGCCUUUUGAGAAUAUUAAUUUAUGGUGGGGUUCAUGAUUUAUUUUGUGUGGAGAGAACUCCCAAAAAAGAAUGUUGGUUUUCCAAGAGUAAGUGUGAGAUGAUGUUUUUAAAACUUUUUUUUCCCUGUGUGGACUUUAUUAUUAUUUUUGAUUUUAUCAAGCAGAAAGCACCGGAGCUUUAUUUUCCAGUGAUGAUAGUAUUCUCACRUGUAAAGUUGACGGAUGUUUACAGGAGGUGUUUGAUGGCAAAUAUUGAAAGGAAGAAGUGUUUCAUCUCCCAUGCCGUACCUUCUCAUGUUCCAUCAGUGGUUARACUUAAACCCUCUUUUUAAUGAAUGUUAAAACCCAGCUGAUGUUUUAAGCAGACUUUAUUGCUUAAGUUCUCACGUCUCACAGGUAAUGUCUUUUCUACUCUUUUCACGUUCGCAGUUCACCUCUUCACUGGCAUUCCUGGGUUUCUUCAAAAAUUUCAUUUAUCGACAUUGUGAAGAUUUUUUUUAAGUAUUCU